AUGAUAACUGAUUACUUCCGUCUGACUACAACUAACGUACUUGUGAUUAUUUUACCUUUGUUGUACUAUCUCUACUAUCGGAAAUUCCGAUAUUUCAUAUUUGAUCAAAGAGACAGAGUAACUAAGGGCAAAACUUCAAGAGGAAAAUGUCCACCAUUCUUUCCUAACGGAUGGUAUUGGAUUAUCGAUUCAUGUGAUCUGAAACGGGGCGCCGUGAAACCGAUUUCAUACUGUGGACGAAAUGUUGUCCUAUUUCGUGGUCAUAAUGGUAAACCGUAUGUCCUCGAUGCUUAUUGUGCUCAUAUGGGUGCGCAUCUGGGUGUGGGUGGUAAGGUACGUCAUGGCACAUGUAUCGAAUGUCCAUUUCAUGGAUGGGCAUUUGACGGCGAAACAGGCAAUUGUGUCUUGUCCAGUGGGGAGAGUAAAAUUACUCGUAGUGCUGAUAAAUAUAGUUAUCAUAAUAUUGAGAAAUGCUCGGCUGUGUUCAAUAGUGAAGAAAAAACAAAUCAGUAUUUACAAAAGUUAACAGAACAGGAGGAGGUCAAGAUUAAGAAGUAUACUGUCAAAGAAAUGAAUGGAUCAGUUUUUGUGUGGUAUCAUUCCGAUGAGAACCUUCGCGAUAAACCUAUUUUCGAACCAUUUGAUCUGAUGAAUGAAUUAAAAACCAACAAAAUGGAGGUACGCGGCGAAUCGAUCAACUAUGUCAAUUGUCAUAUUCAAGAAAUCCCGGAAAAUGGAGCAGAUUUUCGUCAUUUCGACUUUUUACAUCAAUCAGUUCUCGAUCUCAUAUUUCCGUUCAUUCGUUUUAGUUGGACAAUGAAGUCUGAGCGAGCAUCGAAUCCACAACUACACGAAAUCAUGGCUCAUCCGCAUCCUCAAGUAAACGCCUACAAAAUGCAUCUGUUAAACACAUUUAUUAAUGAUUCCAAUCGUGCAUUAGUCAAUGUUAUCUCCUUAAAUUGCUAUCUUCAGAUAUUCGGUAAACAUAGUGUUUUUAUUUUCAAUGCGACUGGUUUUCAAUUGGGUCCGUCGAUUGUUUAUCUAUUCCUUUGGUCACCUUACUUUCAAGUCACGUUCUUACAAACAGUUACACCGUUAGAAAAGUUUAAUCAGCGUAUUAUGCAUCGAAUCUUUUCGACUAAACCAAUUCCAUAUUGGGUAUCCGCUCUCAUGCUUUUAGGCGAAGUUAAACAAAUCUUUUCGGAUAUGGGCGUUUGGAAUAAUAAAAUCUUCGGCUCCGAAUUAAACUACAAUAUGAAAAAUGAUGCGGAUAAAUCUCUUUAUGCAUGGAGAAAUUGGUAUGCUCAAUUCUAUGAAGGUUGUUACGAGUACGAACAGAAAUCACUUUCAUGGUAA